AUGGGCUCAAUCAAUCUGCAUCCUGGGAUUUUACGUUUGAUCCAAUGGACUCCUAGUUUCUCCCCAGCCACCUACAAGAACACCUUUGCACAGGUCUGGGUUCGUUUCUGGGAUCUUGGCUUUGCUUAUUGGGAGACCCAGACGCUAUUUGAGAUCGCCAGUGGUAUUGGCAUGCCAGUGAAACUUGACCCCAGAACAGCUAAUCGUUCCAUUGGUCUCUAUGCGAGAAUAUUGAUUGAUGUGGAUCUCUCUAAGCCUCCCAUUGAGAAGCUCCAGAUCAGAAGAGCAAGUGGUGAGAUUAUUUCUGUAGGGGUGGAGUAUGAAACUUGCCCAACCUUCUGUGACGUUUGCUGCACUGUUGGACAUCCUGCCUCAAAAUGCAGGUCUAAGGUUCCUUCGGACCAGUCACCGGCUCGGGGCAGAAGCGUAACUCGCACACGUACAGCUCGUCGCAGGCAGCCCAAGAGAGAGUCAGGGAUGAGAAGGGAGCAGUCCAAUGAGACACCAAGUAGUUUGGUUGCCGCUCACACUGAUAUUGCUCAGCCAACGUUGAUUAUCCCAGAAAUUGAUACUUCUCUAGCGGUGCAAGUCCAUGCAAAGAAUGCUCUUAUGGUUCAGGACAGCUCUUCUAUCGCCAGUGUCCCGCCGGGUUUUAGCAAGUUGGAUGGUACUCCAGAAGUGGGAACCUGCAGAAAUGAACUUGAAACUACAGAUGAUGUGACUUCUAUUAGAAACCAAGAAGUCAAUGCAAAUGAUGUGAUCCCCAUUAGAAAACCAGAAGUAUUGUUGGAUGAGGCUUUGGAGGAGGGAGAGUUCACGCCUGUGGUAACAAAGAAAGCAAAGAAGCUUCAAAAAAGGUCUGAGAAGGUCAAAGUUAAACCCAAACCUGGGUUGCGCGCUCGAGUCCAGAAGAGCGCAAAACACUUUAAUUGUUAA